UCGCCUGUCGGUCUUCAAUAGUACUUCGUUGAUGAUUGUCCAGGCAAUAGGAAGUAACCGCGAACGGUUCCGUUAAGAGAUCACUUUGCGCUCGAAACCGCAGUUUUGGCGCCAAAUCGUUUGCACGACGAAAGAUCAAUGUAAACACAGCUGUGAUCGGUUAAUUCGAUUAUACACACCGACGUCAAGUAGUUGUCCUUUUACAUUGGAGACUCAACGUUGCCUCCUCGCGGCGGUCUAACCUACGUCAAUCCCUAUUUCCAAGGUCAGGUUCUCGCUGGAGUCAAAAGCAACCUUUCAGGGAAUCUUCACGAUCUGCAUAUCGUUUUCCCGUUGAUCUCCUUCCUCAAGAUGAUGGAGGACUCUAUGACGGCGCGCCUGAAGAAGCUGGUGGCGGACGGCAACGAAGCUCUGGAGCUUAGGUUAAUCCGUAACCUCGACGACUUGCAGUCGGAGGAGGCUAUCUUCAAGCCGGAGAUGACUCACCAGGUGUUUGGUGAUAGGGAGAUGAUAUUUGGUUACCUGGAUCUAAAAGUACAGCUGUACUACUUGGCAGGUUGCUUGGAAACUUAUCUGGGAAUGACUUAUACAGAGAAAGUGAAUGCAAAGCAUGACGGAGUUGAACCCGAUGAGGUGUUAACAAAGAUUGCCCCAUGGCUGGCUCCUGAUGUUCACUAUAGUUUGGCUACUUUCACCAAGGCGCUUGCCAAAGAUGAUACAUUCACGCCACAUGGAGAAAUGAUGCACUCUUUCUCAAUUGAUGAUGAAGGCACUGUGAGACAAUUUGUAGUCUACAAGGCAGAUAUGAGUUACAAAGGAUACAGGGAAUAUCAUCAAAGGAUUCAAACAUUCCUUCUUUGGUACAUAGAUGCGGCUCUUUUUAUUGAUCUUGAUGAUGAGCAAUGGCAAUAUUUUAAUUUAUUCGAAAAAUAUACAACGCCCACAGGAAAUACUCGAUAUGCGACGAUUGGUUUUGCUACUGUGUAUCGUUAUUAUGCUUAUCCACAGCACAUUCGACCGCGUAUCGCUCAAUUUUUAAUUUUACCGCCAUUUCGGAGGAUAGGUCUUGGCAAGCAUUUGCUGCAAGCGAUUUAUCGCGAAUAUAUUGGCAGGCAAGAGGUUAAGGAUAUAACAGUGGAAAGUCCGUCCGAAGUAUUUCAACGAUUGCGAAACUACGUAGAUGCCUUAAACUGCAGCACAUUGCCCAGUUUUUCACCGAAUCGUUUACAGCAUGGUUUCGACAAUGAAAUGAUCGUUGAAGCUAGAAACAAUUUUAAAAUAAACAAGAAACAGGCCCGCAUAGUGUACGAGAUCUUACGAUUGCAGGAAACGAAUGUUGCGAACGCGGAUGAAUAUCGGGCGUACAGAAUAGAUGUGAAGAAAAGACUGAAUAUUCCAUUUAAGAGAAAACAGAACGAGGAGCUAAAAAUAGAACGUGCUUUGAAGAAUGCCGCAGAUAAGAGCACGUACACAAAUGGUACUGGUCUGCCGCCUGACGAGCAACGUAAGGAGAUGCUGGAAAAGGAAUAUCGGUUCUUGGAAGAAGAAUACAAGAUGGUCAUCAAGCGAUUGGAAUACGAUUCCUCUGAGCUGUGAAAUUGAAUACGCAUUGAUUAAUUAAGAAAUUUUUAUGCUGUGAAAACAAAAUUAAAAUUAAUAAUUUCUAACGUUUUAUAUUUGUGUACAGACACUUUUGUUCAUUAAAAUUUGUCUUGCUUUUCUAU